AUGUUUGAAGCUCAAAGUUCUUAUAACAAUUUUGAUGAACAUAUGAAUUAUGAAAUAUCAUCACGUUCGGAAAAUGAUGAUGGCUUUGCUUUACCGUCUAUUAAAUAUGUUACAGAUAUCUUGCCUGUGUUUGAAAAUACUUAUGAAGGUAUAAGUGGAAGUGUCUAUGAAGGUGCAAGUGGAAGCAUUUAUGGAGUAAGUGAAGGUGUUUAUAAAUAUGUAAGUGGAAGCGUUUAUGAAGGUGUAAUUGGAAGCAUUUAUGAAGAUAUGAGUGGAAGCAUUUAUAAAGGUGUAAAUGAAAGCAUUUAUGAAGAUAUAAAUAGAAGCAUUUAUAAAGGUGUAAGUGAAAGCGUUGAAGACAAUAUAUUUGAUGAUUUUGAAAAUGAGCCCAUAACCAAAAGUGUUAAAAAUAACAUAUCUGAAGGUGGUAAUUCCGAAGAUGAAUUUAAGAAUAGUCCACUAAGAGAAAUACAUAUCGGGCAAACCUUUACUUCUUUUGAAGUGCUUGAACAAUGCUUAAAACACUAUUUAACUCGAAUGAGGUUUAAAACAAAGAUAGUAGAUCCUAUGAAAAAUCAAGAAUGGAAGUCAGCAUAUAUUGAUUGUGAGUUUUUGCUAAAUGUUUCAUAUCAAAAAUGUCCAAAUCUUGUCUUUGUCAACAAGUUUAAUGAGAAGCAUACUCACAAUUUGAGUAAAAGUGAAUCACUUCAACAAUUUUUACCAUCUUUUCAAAAAAUUUUGGAGCAAACAAAAUUAGCUACUGGCAAUCUUCAACCAAAAGUUCAAGAGUAUUGUGAUCAUGUAUUAUAUUUAACUAAGGAAUGUUGGGCUUAUGUAUUCACAAAGCGAAAAUUUUCGGCCAAUACACAUUCAACACAAUGUAUUGAAAAUGAAGCAAAAUAUACAAAACUGCAAGAAUUUUGGAAUAUGAAUCCAACAGCUAGUCUUCUUAAUGUUUCUAAUAUGAUCUUUAAAAAUAUUGAUGAUAUGUAUAAAAAGUAUCUCACACAAAAUUCAUUGGUAUUGCAACAAAAGCAAAUAUUAGAAAAAGAUGACUAUGAGAAGCUACAAAUAUUAUUGAAUAUGGCUUUAGAGAAUUGUACUGAAAGCCAAUUAAUACCAUUCCGUUGGUACUCUGGGGAAGGUCUUUUAAUAUUUGAUACAAGUCAAGAAUUAUCUAUUCAAGUAAUAAAAGAUAAUAAUAGACCACUUCAAACAGAAACAUUCCAAGUAUUAGAAAAAAUUCGAGGACAAGAAAUUAAUAAUCGAGAUGCUAUAAAGUCAGAUUCAAAAAAAGCUACUUAUAGUCGUGGUCUUGAACUUUGUAAGAAAGCCUUGGAUAUGGCAAUGAUGAGCAGCUCAAAUGGGGUUUUGAAAGAAUUUAUGAUUUCAAAUCCAAUUCAAUAUAAAGAUAAAGGUCACCCUUCAAGCAAGAGAUAUUUGUUAGCUAUUGAGAAUCAUGGUACCAAGAAUGCUUGUUCAAAUAAUCAAAAUGAAACAGUGUCAGGAUCAAUGAAAAAAAACAAGCAUCAAUGUGCUCUGUGUAGAUCAUGA